ACAGGGCGGACUUUCGGCCCAGAAGUGGCGUUUGUUCCAUGGACUGAAGUGCUGACCGCUCCCUAAAUAUAUUUUAUAUAAACUGUUUUAAAAAGCUGCUUUAAUUAAUCUGUUGGACAAAGGUGAAGACGGACUUCCGGUUCUGCGCUGUUUCUUCUGGUCACUUCCAACUGGACAGCAGCGCGAUGCCCGAGUUUCACCUGAACGAGACGUGCGCAAACGGCUCUUUGCUGACACUGUGGUGUGGAUCCCAGACCGCUGUGUGUUUGGUCACCACAGAUCAAACUCUGAUCCUCACACACCUGAACAACAGUCGACAAACAGGUAUGCAAACUUACAGUUCCUACAACAUGUGGCUGGGAUUAACUCUGGCAAUGCUGUCGUCCUUCCUGAUUGGUGGAAGUGUCAUCCUCAAGAAGAAAGCUCUCAUCCGGUUGGCCAGCAAUGGACACAGCAGAGCAGGUGAUGGAGGAUAUGGCUACCUUAAAGACUGGCUCUGGUGGGGAGGCCUGUUGACCAUGGGAGCCGGAGAGGUGUGUAAUUUUGCUGCCUACAUGUUCGCGCCAGCCACACUGGUGACCCCCCUGGGUGCGCUCAGUGUCCUCAUCAGCGCGGUUCUCUCCUCCCGCCUGUUGGAGGAGCAGUUGAAUGUGGUGGGGAAGUUCGGCUGUCUGCUGUGUGUACUCGGGAGCAUUCUGUUGGUCAUUCAUGCCCCACAAGAACAAGAAGUCACAUCAAUACAGGACAUGACCAAUAAGCUGCUGGAGCCAGGUUUCCUGUUCUAUAUUGUGGCGGUUUUGGUUCUGUGUGCGGUUCUGGUGUUGUAUUUCUCUCCACGUUCUGGUCGUUCCAACAUCCUGAUCUACAUCGGGAUCUGCUCGUUGCUGGGAGCCUUCACCGUAUCGUCGGUGAAGGGCCUCGCCAUAGCCAUCAACACCGUGACUUAUGACAUCUCUGUGCUCAGCCAGCCUCUUACAUGGAUCCUGCUGCUCACCCUCAUUGUUUCAAUAGUAGCACAGGUGAACUACCUCAACAAGUCUCUGGACACCUUCAACACCCUGCUGGUGUAUCCUAUCUACUACGUCCUCUUCACCUCUGUGGUCCUUUCCACCUCCAUCAUCCUUUUCCAGGAGUGGAGCAGCAUGUCUGCCGUGGACGUGGUCACAACACUGGGCUCGUUCCUGGUCAUCGUGGUGGGCGUGGCCUUGCUACACCUGUUCAGGGAGUUGCAGAUUACAAUGAAGCAGCUGACCAAUCAGCUUUCUCAGCCAGUGGAGAGGGUGGGACUUACAGAAGAAGUCACAACCAAUGGAAGAAGAGGAAGGAAUAAAAAGGAGGAUAAAUAUGGACUGAUGGACAAUGUAGUCAUAGAAAGUCUGCCUCCUAUGAGAGAGGAGGGACCCAGAGUUUUCAUAAUCAGCUGAAAAAGAGAAUUCCAGAAGUUUCUGUUCUGUUACUUGACAUUUCCUGCACUUUGUAAAACAUUUGCUGCCAUCUUAGUUCAUGCUAUAGGUCCCUCCAAUCUCGCAUGUUGGUAUUUAAUGGUACAGUACUAGUUAACCUUUUUAAUUUGUAAAUAUUUAAGAAAUUUUUCCCAUAAAUACCAUUUUAGUUGAAGGUUUAAAUAAUUUAUUGGAAAUAAGUACUUUAGAGCCCACUCAUAAUAUGCUGUCAAAGAAAUAACAAUAAAUAACAAUAAUAAUAAUAAUAAUAAUAAAUAAGACAAGUUGACAGAAAACAAGAAAAUCCAAAACAUGGAUCAAAGUUUACCAUCAAACUGGUUGGUUAAAUAAUAUCAAACUGCUCCUCAUAAAAAGACAUCUCCUCAUACCUUGAGCAUUUUAAAGAUUUUACUUGAUGGCAUUAAAUUAUAAGAUGAGUUGGUGUCUUCUGUUAUGGACUCCAAAUUGGUUCUGCCUCCUCUUUCACAGGAGGUUUGGCUGGAAAGAGUUUUUCUGUGAUGUCUCAGGCUGUUUGUUCAUUAAUCACCAGUUAGACUGGCUGAGUCCCAAGAAGAUGUUAAUUGAAAAAACCAUAAUGGCACCAAAGAAGUUUUUUUUUUUUUGCAGUUGACUUUUUACCCCUAAUACCCUUUUUCAAAGUUUUUGUACUACUUGUGGCCUUUUUUAAACAGUAGAAAGAACGAAAGGCAGAGAGUCUAAAUAAAUUGAAAAGUCAAAUGUAAUUAAAUAUUCCUUUAAAUUGGUGAUUAUUUCCGACAUGUACACUUGUUUAAAUAACAAGUAUACAUGUCAUUGGAGGAGGCUCACAUUUUCAUUUUAGCUGUUUUAAACAGACAUAGUGUCCUAAUUUAUUCAUCAUCAGAAAGAUGGUGUUAGUUUAACAGGAAGCAUUUUUAAUCACAUAAUCACCAUUUUCUAAGGGUGUCAUUUAUUUGGGUGUCAUGCUGUGUGUGGCCUGAUUGUUGGAAACGAUAAAAUAAGAUUUUGGCUGUUACGCAGGGCACUGCGCUGCUUUCAAAAUGAACAGCCAAACUUCACCUUAACUAUUGUUUAGAAAGUGGACUGGUUAGAAAACUUUUGGUAUGAUUACCUACCAAAUAUUAGCUCUAUCUUGCAUAGCAACUCUGAGAUCUGUUAAGUGUGGAUCUGCUUUCUCUGCUGUGCUGCUGUUUUUUGAAAUCCCUUAAAAAACUGAGAUGGAAGACAUUUCAGCUUCUGCUUGAAGUAUUUGGUGACUGAAACUAGUUUCUUUCAGUUGAAGUUGUAGACAUUCAUUUAGUGUUUUAUUUUAUGUGUUAAAAUUACAACAGAUGUCUCAAAAAUGAGGUUAGAAAUGAGUCAAGCGACGUUUUCUUCUGAGUCAGUGUUAGGGUGAGUCAGGUAUCGUUAAGAGCUUUCAUGACAGCUGCAUCUCAGUAGAGGAUCAUAGACAUUAGGCUUGCAGCUAAGAAUAAAAUUGAUUCAUCUUAUCCAUUUUUCUAACAAUUGUUUAGUCAGCAAAAAUAUGUAUAUUCUGCAGAUUUUUCAUUUAUCUAUUUUGUGCUUUUAUACAGUACUAAAUACAUUAAAAUAUGCAAAUGAACAACUGAA